AUGGCGGCAGCCAAAGUGGAACGCCUCGAAAAGGCGAUCAGUACUUUGGAAAGCGCUCUCAAGGCACAUGAUCUUGUUCCAGCCAACAGGAAGACGGCCUCCUACGACAAGGAACGAAAUGCCUGUACCGAACUCAGAGGGAUCAUCAUUUCAAAUGAUUUUAAUACAUUAUAUAAGGCUGAUCGUCGUUAUGGCGACUUGUUGACCAAAGCCGUAGAGGUGGUCUUUAAAAUGGUUAAUCAUAUAGAUCAGGACGUUAGAACCUAUGCAGAGGAAUCGUUAGAUGCAGUCUUGAGGAGUCUCUUACUCGGCUUCUACCAUUCACGUGUGCUCGUCUUACUAAUUACUGAAAUUGGUAGAAAUGUAGCAGCUCGUUCUAUUAUUUGUGCAUUCCGCCGUCUUGCUCAACUUGUUCACUUCAGCAAAUGUAAUCGUGUCGUAAGUUAUGGCGUUCAUAUUCUUUCUGCUCUGACAGCUAUGCUACGAAGGCCUGAAGAGUCGAUACAGAAUGCCAUAGUGACUUAUGGGGGGUUGCUCUUCGACACACUAGGGCCACGAAUGCGAAGUCAACACUGCGAAAAGGCUUACGAUUUAUACUGUGUGGCAGCGGAGAAUCUCGAUCUGAACGGCACUGCUAAUCGAGCUGCUGUCAUGGUGAUUGCUCAGAUCUCGACCUAUUAUCCUUCGGUGAUGAACAAGGCAUUUCUGAGAUGUAUGGUGAAUGUUCGAGAUGCUGACGAUGUUGCGAAUAGGACAAGACUGAUAGGUUCGCUGAACACAUUGAAAUCUAUUUGGCCGCUGCUUUCAGAGCCUGGAUGUACCGUCACGCAAGAUAAUAUGAAAAUUGUAAUUUGUAGUGUGCUGUGUUGCCUACAUUCAGCCCACAGUGAAGUGGUUGUUCCAAGUAUAGAGCUUCUGGAAAAAAUCAUGACAAAGCCAUUGGACUGGAUACGUGAGUUCGUUCCUCUGCAGUUCGACGUAACGCCUUCAUUCCGAUCUAAAUUAGUGGGCUCUGAACGCCCAUCUAGGACAACAUCACCGAGUCGAGGUGAGGAGUCAAUUCCUCCCUCUUCGCUGGGCUCUAUGUUCGACGUAGCGGAGUCUACUGAAGGGAUAGCUGAGUUUAAUGUGCCUUUGCUGUUGCCGGAUCGCUCUGAUGGCCCGUCUAGUAGUGGGAGCUCUUCUCCUGCAGUUGAAGACGAAAUCAUUGAUCCGCUGAUCCAUGCGGAUCUUUACGAAGAGGUUACAAAGUGCGAUCGAUAUGGUGCCGAUCCAAAUUCUUCACUGCUAUCCACUUCUCCUGAUGAUUCUGUAGGAAUAUUGAAGCAUUUGCCUUUGGACGUUUGUGAUAUUUCCGCUAACUGUUUCGUAUAUACGGCUGCAGUACUAGGAAAGCGGUUUCUACUGGCUGGAUUGAAGGGCUUGAAAAGCGAUCGUGAUGUACGAAUAUCUCACAAAAUCCUUGCACUAAAUUGUAUCACUACUAUAACAAAACAUGAAGACCUUUCAAAGGUUACCCUUCUAUUUGGCGAUUUUGAGCAGAGCUUGAGUGAAGUUUCUCGAUUUGUACUUCAUGAUGAUGAUCAAUUAUGUGCAUCUACAGUCGCGUUUUUGUUCAGCUUAGACAAAUAUGAGUCGGGGGCCGCCGACAACGCUCACAACUACCGUAGAGUGAUGAGGGCAUUCCAGCCGAUACGGAAGCGUUCCGUUCUGCAAGCUGCAAUAGGGCAACAACAUGUUCUCGAGGCUCUUGGUAUUCUUCCAGAAGCCCUUUAUCUGGCUACAACAGAAGUGACUUCUACGUUUUUCCUUUUGAAGGUGACCUGCGCGGAAUUUCUCAGCUCUCUACGAUGGAGUUUAAUGAAAAGUGCAGUAAAACUGGAAUGGCAAGAGCGAUGUCUACUUGCCUAUUUUGAAUUGCUAUUCUCGGACGAUCAAAAAGUAUCUCAAGCUGCUCUGGCGGGUCUAGAACGAUUAGUAAAGAAUGCGGAUUUCACUGAAUAUUCUGGUGUAUUCGCCACACGGAUACCUGAGGACUUGAUUUCACUUGAGAAAGACUGUUUGCCAGCUGUACUGAACAUGCCGCGUGAAUUUCGUUUUCGAGGUGAGUGUGCUGAUUUCGUGGUGGAAUCCAAUCUAGAAGUGAUUCUCUACACUUUGAUCGACUACUUCAGCAUGAAUGUUCAUGAACGUUCGGCUGGACUCUGUUCCACUAUGGAUGCGUUGCUGAAGGCGUUUCCGGCAUCAGUAUUCCCAGAGUGCUGGGGAUGCCUGAGCAAGCAGCCCUCAUCCUCUUGUGGAUUCCUGUCUACAGUUCUUGAAUUAUGUGAGAUCAGUUUGAAUACACCUAAUAAGUUAGCGGAUGGAUUGAAGGUUAUGGCUGCGUUGUUUGCUGGAUACUGUGAGAGUCACAUGAUGAACAUAGUACAAGAGCAAGCAACUGUGGAUCGAAUGACUCUCCCUCGCCUUCCUGAUCAACUACUUCUUGACCGGCUACUGUUGAUGCCUUUGAGGGUAUUAAAUAUGUAUUAUUCGUUGAUAGCUGAAUAUCGUGCGGUGUUGGCACAAUCAUCAACCUCACUUCUAUCGCGUCCAACGCUUUCUCCUCUGCCAGCGAAAAAAGUGUCUCCGUCACGAAUUGCUGAUAUCUCGAGGCUGUUGGGUACCAGUAUUCAUCCAACAUUACAAACUAGUUAUUUGGAGUGUCCCACCGUUAAGCAAGUCUUUCACAGUGUUGAGGGAGCUCAUCGGAACUAUUUGGAAGGUCUCGACCGUGACUUUGAAUUCCGAUUUGUUUUCCUACUCCGAGCUGCCCUUGACUGCCUAGGAACCAUCUGCGAAAUGUUAACCUUCUCGCAGAUGCGCCCACUACUUCAAGAAAUUUUGCUGUAUGUCAAGGUGACCUUUGAAGUGUGUCCAGAUGGUUGUACAACGUUGCUGCAUCAGCUUUUUAAAGUUGUGUUUGGGAAGAAUACGGCUAACAUCAAUCUGGACGUUCUCCACUCAAUGAAAAUGAAGGAUCCACUCCCUCCGUUGAAUGAAGCCGAAAUGCUGUAUCUUCGUUAUGCGAAUGAGUUCACAUUGUUCUCUGCAUUUGUCAGCCGAAAGGAGUACAUGGACACAUUCAUUACACGGAGCUUGGGUUGGCUCAAAACGGACAUGCUUUCUCGUAUUCAUAAUCCUCCACCCAACGAGAUCGCGCCAGCGCUUGAACUAUUCGAAGGUUUCGUCACAGUGUUGCUACAAGUGUAUGGAGCAUUUCAGUCCAUUCCAUGUAAACGCGCGAUUCUUGGCGUUAUGUGUGAGUUACCAAGAGAUGGUAUUAUCUACGCAAUGGCUGAUCCAAAAAAGGUUCUUUUCGAAGCUGUUACCACACAACUGUAUGAUCCUGGUACAGGCAAUAAGGAACUGUUGAUAGAGAUAGCUCUUUAUCUAAUUGUGUUGGCAAGGACGAACGUCAUCAAAUAUGACCAAAUCUCACGAGUGGCCAUAGAACUCAUCGAAAAAUCUGCUCCGAACAACGCCAAAGAAGUAAUAUCUGCGGUCGAAGUGAUUCUCCUGGAGAUCUUGUACGCACAACGCAUGGAAGGCGACAUCAUCUAUGCCGCCUUUCGAAAGAGAUCGAAAAUGCUGUUUUCGAUGGCAAGUCAAGGUACACUAUUGUUGUGGACUCUAUUUCUUCAUGCAUCGAGAAAUGACGAAAACAGGUGGUCGUCUACAUCCGUUGAUUUUUUCGCUGCUUAUUCCGACUAUUCAACGGAUUGUUCCGAAUCAGCCCUCAGUCAUUCUGUGUUCGCUGUCGUCUCUGCAUUUUCUUGUAUGGCGCCCGCUAUGUAUCGGCCUGUCGACAAUGUUUUUCAACUGCUUCAAGGUUCUAUAGUGAAUGAAGAUAUCCCAUUAGCGGUGAAAUUGAAACAAAGUGUGCCCCUACUUUUUGCCAUUUUGAAUAAUGUCGCUGAAGAAAAGCUGUUAAUGCGGGCAGAGCAGAUGCUUGCUAGUCCAUUGGAAUGGCUUGCACGCAGUAUAUGUGACUUGAUGGUGGCAAGUAUUGCAAUUUCUCUCAAAGCUAAUGACGUACUCAUAGACUACGUCUUAUUUCUCCUUCAAUUAGUAGUCAACGUUUUCAAAGCCGAGAGUUAUCCGAAAUUGUCAGCAUCACUACAAGUUUACCUAAAGGAGACUGACUUGUUGUCAAUUCGCUCGCUUAGUGCAACUCAGCCGGCAGUUCUGUCGCAAUGGUUGCAGUUGCUCUCUUUGUACAAUGAGCCCCUGGACAAAUACGUUGAUGUCGGUCAAUGUUCAGAGUACGCCGCUCGAUUGUGCUUCUCGUUGUCCGGCAAUUCACUUUCGGAAAUCAAUGUUGGAAUGCUGGAUGAAACUUUGCCGGAUGUAUCACCUUGCCCUCCCCUAUCAACCGAAGGCUCCCUCCUUGAAUUCUGCAAAUCAGUUUUCUCUGGUUCGAUGUGGAUCACAAAUCCGAAGGUUUUCCACACAGUACUUUCCUUGGAAUCUCCGGAUAUUUACUACGUAUAUGAGUGUGUGGAUGAAGCUCACCAUACUUCCUUUUUGGGAUAUCUUUUAAGAACUGUCUCUGAUCACCUCACAUCGCAAAUGGUAUAUCCGGACACGUACAAGAUUGCUUUGACUAAAGCGAGGGAGAUAGUAGACGUAGUCUAUGAUUUGGUUGAGUAUGAAGGUGCAGUUGGUGGAGAUGCACUCCGCUUGAAACUGUUCGUCUUGUCCAGGAUACCACUGUUGAAUUCAACUGAGAUCGCUUGGGGUAACUUCACAUCGAACGAGGUGUUGGCUUUAUUGGAGUUUGCAGCUGGAGAAAUUAUGUUACCAUCAUGCAGUAUGAAUUCAACAUGUGAAGGGCUCGCAUUCAUGAUGGGUCAUUCGUCCACGAAGGAGAUGUUUAUCCGUGAUAUAUUUUUUGGUAUUCAAAGUAUCCACAAGCUCCUUGUCAGUAUCCUGAAAUUGUUGGAUCAAGGGAAUCCUACCAGGUUUGACCAUAUCUCAGCUACGGAUAAAAUUACUGUUACGACUACCUCUGAGGCUGUGAUGUCUCAAGAUUAUGAAGAUUUUGGUGGCUUAGACGUUCUGUUCCGGCAUCCAAUCCUGCAUAGAUUUGCUAUUGUUCCUUUUGCGGCUCUCAAGAUGAACUGGAAACUUCGAAUCGAAAUACGGGAGAACGCAGUUCACGUUCCACUUGUCAAUAUUCACCUGCUGUGUAAUUUAAAUAUUCUUAAUGAUUUUUCGUGGCGAAUAAAUUGGCUUGGCUGGAUAUCUCGUCAACAGUUUGAAGAUUUUUGGAUGUCACUUUUCGGUGUGCUUUCUUCAACACCAACGGGCAGUGAAUUGACCUCAGACACUUCAGCUAAUCUUUCCGAGCAAAUAUUGUCAAGUAGUGUUGCCGUGUCAGUGCUCACAGACAUUCUACUAUACAGCCUCUUAUAUCCUGAGCCUGGUAACCCGCCGAUUGGUCGUUUUGUUAUCAAACAUCGCGAGCGCAACGAUCCCUUCUAUCAGUCGAAAUCAAUGCAGUUGCUAUGUAAGCUGAAGGCAAGAUUAACGGCCGAUCGUGAACCACCACAGGUUUAUCGUAGGAAUCUCGAGAGACUUGAAGAUAAGGGUGAAUUCUACGGACUUGGUCAGCUAUCCGCAUUGUCACUUUGGACCUUGACAGGGGUUCUUAAUGAAGAGAAUCCGCAACAGCUCACGAAGGCCGACAGCCCGCGGAUGCGCGUAUCACUUUCUGAGUUUAUUCUGAAGACCACCUGUGAACUUGACACUGCUUCAUCAGUACGUGCGCUGUUUGAAAAUUUUUCACACUGGUUUGCCCGUGGUAUCGAUCAUCUUCCUCUGCCGCUUCUAUGCUCUACUGUUAAAUCGGUUGGUUUUCUUUUAUUAACAUAUACUUCUUCAAAGAAUAUUCAAGAUUCAUCUUGUCGAGCAUAUUUUCAGAUGGCCUUACUGUCAGACUUGUUUGAUGACUCGGCUUCUUACGAAUUUCUCUAUUUGCAAAUGAGAAGCAUUUUCCGAGGAGGUCACCUAGAUCGCCAUCCGGAUAUUGGCUAUGUCAUCUACAGCAUGCUGAAAGCUGUUACAGUUAUUGGACUCGACGCAGCAUCUCGUGGAAUGACUGAAGCUGACUUAGCAAAGCAGAUCCUUUCUUGGGUCGAAUAUGGGUUGACGUCAGAGUACUCAUUCGUCCGUGAGUCGGCGUUACAUGGUUUCAUUUAUCUCAUGCAGUCCAUGACCCUAGAUCCAUUGAAGCCAGUCGUUCAGUACGUUACAACCUUUCUACUGGAGGAAACCGGCAAACAACUCUCUGUAACGGAUCCGAUUAAUGUGUGCGAGUAUCGUAAGUGCGAUAUGCGUGACGCUGAGUUGAUUUCUCAUGUAUUACCAUCGGUUCUACUGCGUCUGUAUUCGGAAGAACGAGUUCUCGGAAUUAUACUGGAUUUCUGCACUCCUUUGAAAUCUGAUGAAUACCCGUCUAACAUCAGCCAGUCGUUGCGGAUGGUGUUCGAG